AUGGAAGAAAGUGAAGAACCUGAACAGCCUAUAUCAUUAGAAAGGCAGGAAUAUAGAAGGAGAAGACGACCCAGCCAACCAAUGGUAGAUAAGUCCCAGCAAACUGAUAUAACAGAGAAAAGAAAAGCCAUGGCUUCAGUACAACCUCCUGCCCCUAAAGCUACCCAUAGUAUUGGUAAUAUUCCUGGAAGUAAAGACAACUACUCUGGAAAAGAAUAUGAGUCUCUUAGGCUGUCCUCUCAACUUCAGAAAACUUGGAUGAAGAGAAAGCAUGUCCAGGACAUGAUUGACAAAUCUCUUCAGACAGACCCUAUUGUGGAAGAAAAAGUGAAAGUCAUAUUCAUUGAUAAAUCACAUGAACUUGAAGAGAACAUAGCUGAUGUUGGAGAAAUAGCUCCUGAACUGCCACAGAGUACUCCAGAAGUAGAGAUUCCAACAAGCAGACCAACCAGUCAUUUAAUAGACAGAUCUCAGCAGACCAGCUGUACUGGUGACUGGAGUCUGAUAUACAUUUGCCCAAAAGAAAAAGUGGACAAAGAACAACAGACCUACUUCAGUGAGUUAGAAAUUACUAUUAGGUCUAUGCCAGGUAGCUCCCGGACUAAGUCGAAGGAAGAAACAAUUCCUAUUGUACAAGAAGGUCCUUUGGUUGAAAUAAAUGGUUCUCUUGAAAUAGAGGUACUAUCAACUGAAAAACUCCCUGAUGUCAUGCUGUCUUUCACUGAAGGGGAGAUUUCUGGUGAAUUACAGGCUCUAUCAGAUGGUGAGGCCACAGUUAAAGGAGAGCUCUUCUUGACAGAGGAGAGCCCUAUCCAAGCACCAUCUCCAACAGAAGAGACCUCUGCAGCUGAGACAGCCACAACUGCCAAAGAUGUUGCGGAUAUACAGGCUCCACCAGCUGAUAAGCUUUCUUCUGUAGAGGCUCCUGCUGACAUUAGUCCUCCAUUAGUGCAAGAGGCUCUUUCAGACAAGCCUUCUGAUCAACAGUAUCCCCAAGGAACUGAGGUGGCUCCUUCAGAACUUCCUGUUGAAGAUCUGGUUCCACUCUCAGAAGAGGUGCUUGAGAAAGUUCAAGCUUUAACAACCGACUCUAUGCUUGAAGACUCAGGAAGAGCAGAGUCUACUACUGCUGAAGAGACAUCUGGUAAAGUUCAACAUCCUCUGUCUGAAGAGACUUCUAAAGAAGUGCCUGCUGAAGUUCAUUUCCCGAUAGCUGCAGACUUUGAAGAAAUUGCUAUUGUAAUAGAUAAGAAAUUUGCUACUGAUGAGGUAUUUGAAGAAUAUAAGCCUCCAAUAAUGGAGGAAGUCUCUGCAGAUAAGGUUACUGCAGAAGUUCAGCCUCCAUCAGCAGAGGAUGCUUCUGAAGAAGUGGUUCCUUCAAAAGUUCUGCCUCCAUCAACUGAACAGGGGACUGUAGAAGACCUGACUGCAGAAGUUCUAUCUCCACCAACUGAGGAGAGCCCUACAGAAGUUCCACCUCAACCAACUGAAGAGGGGCCUGCAGAAGUUCCACCUGCACCAGCUGAAGAGGUCCCUGCAGAAGUUCCACCUCCACUAACUGAAGAAGGGCCUGCAGAAGUUCCACCUCCACCAGCUGAGGAGGGCCCUGAAGAAGUUCUACCUCCAUUGGCUGAGGAGGGCCCUGAAGAAGUUCUACAUCCAUUGGCUGAGGAGGGCUCUGCAGAAGUUCCACCUCCAUUAAAUGAAGAAGGCCCUGCAGAAGUUCCAUCUCUACCAUCUGAGGAGGCCCCUACAAAAGUACCACCUUCACCAGCUGAGAAGGGCUCUGCAGAAUUUUCUCCUCCACCAACUGAAGAGGGGCCUGCAGAGGUUCCACCUCCACCAGCUGAGGAAUCCCCUACAGAAUUACCACCUUCAUCAGCUGAGGAGGGCCCUGCAGAAGUUCCACCUCCACCAACUGCAGAGGGACCUGAAGAAGCCCCUGCAGAAGUUCUACCUCCAUCAACUGAGGAGGCCCCUGUAGAAGUUCUACCUCCAGCAACUGAUGAGGCCUCUGCAGGAGUUCAACCUCCAGCAGCUGAAGAGGGGCCUGCAGAAGUCCCACCUCCACCAGCCGAGGAGGGACCUAUAGAAAGCCCUACACAUGACGUCCCCACAGAAGUUCAGCUUCCACAAGCUACGGAAAGUCCUGCACAGGUCCUACCUUUGUCUGGUGAGUCCACUGCUGAAGAGGUCUCUGCACAAGUUCAGCCUCCAUCAUUUGAGAAUGCUCCUUUAGAAAGUCUUCCUCUAGAGGAAAUUGAGGAGUUCCAGCUAGAUGAUUCAUCAUUUGAAGUGCAACCUCUGCCAACUGAGGACAUUGCAGUAGGUGUCCCAGCUGAAUUUCAGACUCUUCCAGCUGAUGAAAAUCCUGCAAGAGAGGACACUGUUGAAACCCAGCCUUCAUCAUUUGAGGGUUCUCCAAGAGCAGAAAACCCCGUGGAAGCUCCACUUCCAGCAGCUGAGGCAGAUAUUGGAAGAGAGGCUUCUGCUGUUCAUCCUUUGUCAUUAUCUCCUACAGACGAGGCCCCUGCAGAAAUUCAGAUUCUACAAACUGACAAUAUUCCCACAGAAGUGGCACCGGUUGAAAAUCAGCCUCUACCAGCUGAGGAAGUCUUUCCCAAAGUGGUCCCAGAAGAAGAGGCCACUGCAGCUGAAGUUAGGCCUCCUUUAUCUGAGGGGGCACCUGCAGAAGAAGCCACUGUGGAAGCACAAUUAACGUCGGUUGAAGAGAGCCCUAAAAAGGCUUCUGUUGAUGUCCAGCCUUUACCACCUGAGACCCCCGUUGAAGAGUCUCCUGUUGUUGAACCACCUUUAAAAACUGAUGUGGAUACUAUGCAAGAGUUUCAUGUGGAAAGGAUGCCUGCUGAAGAUCCACUUCCACCUUCAGAACAAACCCCUGCAGAUCAGGUUCUACCAAAAGAACAUCGAUUGUCCCAGGUAGCAGACAUCUCAGAGAAAGAAUUAGAGUCUACUACUUUGACAGGUGAUAAAAUGUCUGAAGGAACAGAUUCUGUUCCUGAAGAUGUGUCUGGGACCAAGGACGAUCAGAUCUCCACUUUCAAAAUAGAAGGUACCAUUAAAAUAGAGUUAAAGAACUGA